UGAUCAAUCUGUCGACCAACUCGUUGCACAACUAGACAGGCAACGUUCUUCAUACAAAAUCACAAACCACAAUUUAGUUCGCUCGCGUGUGCGAUAAGAAUCGCAUGUGGUUUGUUUAUCGUUUCGAAUCGAUCGCGCGAUACGCGUAUUUGAGUGUCUUAAACGUCAAUUAUCGUUAUUAAUAAUAAAUAAGUUAUAGUUCUUAUGUAAACUGUUAUUUGGUUGAUUAAGUGUUAAUUUGCGUUGAAUUAACGCAAUCGCAAGUGUUGUGAAGUGUUUUUCUUCAAGUUACAAGCUGAAUAAGAUGUUUGGAGUAUUAAUGAAAAGAUGGAAACCGAAAAGGUCUUCGAAUAAUGAAAGAAGUGAAAGCCCCGAGCCAGAUGAUAAUGUGUCACCAGAGCCCCCUGAUCGACCACCGGGAAAGGUCCGCCAAGUGCAUCCCGAGCAAAAAACGCAAAUUCUAGCCUAUGACUCCACGUACAGAAAGAGAAAUAAACCAAAAUCGCUGCCAUUAGAAGAUAAUCAGAUGUAUAAUCAUUUAGCGAAUUCCAACGUGGCUAUGUCUCCCGUAUACCCUCUGACUCCAAAUAUUUGUGUGGAAGGUGGAAAAAUAGAAUUCAUAAAGUCGCCCCCUAGCGGCAGAAGUAGUUUGGCUUUGGGUUCCCCUCCGCAAACGCCUCUAGCGACGCGGCGCGGCUCUAAAGAUAAACGUGACUUCCGCGCAGGCAGCGAUGAACCGGAGAAGUUCGACGGCGAUAAGGAACUUCUUGAAAAACGAAUAAAGCAACUAGAAUGUCAGCUUGAAGACGAGAAGCGUAAAACGCAGAGGGAACGCAUGGCUGUGACGAAGCUCCAGAAUAAAAUAAUAAAGCGCGAGGGGGCUGCGCGCAACGAUGCGGAACGUGAGCGUCGAGCGCGCGGCGACUGGGAGGCGCGGGCCCGAGCUGCCGAAGCGGACGUCGCUCGGCUCGCCGGCAAGCUGCACGCUGCUCAGCGAGAGAUUGUCAGGAUGGAGGAGACGGUGCGCUCGCUGCUGCAAUACAAAAGCCGAGUGGAAACUCUGAAGCAAGAGAAGGCUUCACUGUCCUCUGCGCUGGAGGCCUCAUCAGUGCAUUACCAAAGUCAAAUGUCAGUAUUGUCCACUGAAAACGAGCGUCUUCGGGGUCAGCUGUCAGCACUGUCCGUCAGCCUGGGUGUCGGCGAGCACGAGAAGAAAUUGGACGAUGUCGCGCAACAAGUUGUACGGGCUCUUCUCUCCCAAAAGAGCGUCCGAGAGGAGUUGGGAUGCGCACGAGCAAGGAUUCGUGAGCUUGAAACGCAAAACCGCGCACUGAGCACACUCCUCGUGCGGCAGCUGAGACCGCAGCCCCGACCUUCGCCCGCUACACCGCUGACACCACACUCUAAUAGAGAUUUACAAGUUCAUUUAUUGGACGUGGGUUCCUGUGGUUCUCUAGUCUCAUUCCGGGACUCCCCUCCCCCCGCGCCGCCCGUCCAGCACCCUCAUCCCCUCAGCUCGGAUGACAAGAGACGUCACCAAAUAUUAGCUGACAUAUGGACUGAAUUAAAGGGUUUGGAGGUAACGCCGGCGAACCUGGCGAGAGCACUAUCAGCUGUAGACCCCACUUUGUGGGCUACUCCUACAAGACCGGCUACUCUGAGUCUUAAUGUGCCACAACCUCAAGCCGACUCUAAUAAAGGCAUAAGUGGCGACAAGGAAGAAGAAACCAGCGAACAAUGCGAAGCUGGAGCUGAAUCUCCUGAGAGCGGCGCUAAAGACGAGGGUUACUCCACGAUGUCUAGUGACGUGCAGGCUGAUGCUUCGCGGCAGAGCGACCACGCAGCCGAGCGAAUUCUGCCAGACCUCAACGAGGCCUCCGAUGAGACUGACAACCAAACCAUUGUCUCUAUCAAUCCAAGAGAAUCUCGACGACAUGCGCGACUCCUCGCCGAAGCUGAUUACAUAUAUUUUCCCAUAGGAGUCGCCUUCGCCGGCAUCAGAGGCAGCUAUCCCCCUUCUCGUCCCGUCCUUCCCUUCCAACACGUAGUCCGAAGCUUCUCUGAUUCUCAUUUAUGUUUGAAAUUUUUAACCGCCCCGACUUGCUCACCUAGCCUGGAUUCUCCCACGCCCAGUUCAGGAGUGCUAGUCUUAGAUCUUAAACCGGCCCCGGAGAGGCCCCUCCGAAGGCCGGCGAUCGCCUCCACCACCAGUUCUGAAAGGGUGUCUUGGGGAAGCACAGUCGACGAAAGAGCUGAUGGAUCGCAAUUCGAAUCUGAUUAUGUUCAACAUUGGCUAGAGCUGGACGAUGCUAGAUCUGCUCUUCAACAGAGACAUAGAGACUUAGCCGACCUAGAAUACGAUAGAGCCGAGUUAGAGGACUGGAGCUUAUCGUUAUCUUGCGAGGAUCUCAGAGAUAGACAGUCACCUUUCGCGGAGAUAACGACGCCAGGUCAGAUAUCCUUGUCCACUCUUCCUAGUAUACGGGAAGACGACGCUUUAGAAAUGGAAGAAGAUGUAGCUGAUUGUUUAUGGAACGACUGCGGUUUUGCAACAAUCGAAAUCGAUGAAUGCAGGAUGGCAGAUGAUAAUGAAACUUCAGAGAAACGAUGGGAAUAUUCUGGCACACAUUCCCCGGGUGGGUCUUGGUCUAGCGCCUCAGAUGCGCCAGAGAAACAAUCCAGCACAGCUUUAAGUGAAGAUGGCGACUGUACCAACGUCGGCUUGGACUUCACCAGAGAUUUUUAUCGUUUAGUUAAAUAUGAAAGCACCAAGAGUUUAGCUUCGAAUUCUUCUAGGAGCGUCCCAAAUCAAGACCAAAACACUCAUUUGCGAUUUCACGACGUUCAAUCGAUGGCCUUACAAGACCGGGAACAGGCGCUUCAGAAUGUUUUAAACUUUAUCGCGGAGCAACAGAAAUACUGCCAUGACAGAGAAGAAUCCGACUCGGUUUCAUCUCGGCCUAUAUCUGAGAUACGCGAAUUGCCACCACCCUAUGCGUCAGCCGACUUUGACGAAGAAUCUGUGGAUCCUCGAAGCGAAGUUUCAGAUGACAGGCAACGACCAGAUUCCUUCGGAAGCUUCUCCGAAAAUGAUUCCUGUGAUAUACGUGAUUUACAUAACGACAGACCAAAACUUCCAUACUGUGAUGUAGUAUCCGAGCCGAAAUCGACGCUUCGAUUUAUAGAGAAAGAGGAACCUUACGCUGAGUCAGAAGGCUUUUAUGUAGAUAUGACCAAAGCGGACAAUGUAGAGAACGAAAUAGAUCAAAACCACUUAAUAAAAAUUCAGAGAAAGAAUGAAAUCAAUAAACUAAUAGACGUCAGCCAAACUGAUCAGGAUCACGCGUCUUCUGUAAAAGACGACAAAGACGAAACUAGCCGCAACACAGAACCCAAUUCAGCAUUAAAAGAGAACACUGUCAAUAUUAUGUUAAAUAAACAAGUAAACGAAAGAGAGAUAGAGACUUGUCUUACGAAGUCAACGAGCUUUACAAUUUCGGGGGAGACUGAAAUAUCUUUAGUGGACGAAGUGCUGAGUGCUUGCAGACGCAGUACAGCGGCUCUGGUGACCGUCCCAGAAGAAGAGGAGAACUCGUCGCCCGAGUCGGGUUCUCCCCAAAUGACUGAAUCUAAUACUACCAGCACCUCGACGGCUGAAACUGUGAUAAUAAGCAAUAAGAGCGAUGGAAGAGAAGUACGACGAAGAGAAAAGAGUCGAAUUCCAAUGUUGAUGGGUGGGAAGAGGCCUCCGUCGUCUCCUAAUAAAACGAGAUCAAAAAUACCCCUGCCUGGAAAGAGUAAGGUUAACGAAACGGCAAGUAAUCCUGAAUCGAUAAUUAUCAAACAGGAGCAUAAGCUUAGUUUUCACGAAGCGGCUACGUCUAAAGAAGUCAUCGAAGAAUUAAAUAGAAUGAUUCGUCAAAGCGAGGGUGUUACGACGGAAGCGAAGAAUGAGGAGAGAACAGAGAAGACUUGUUCGCAGAAAGACAAUGCAUUGUGGGCUCCGACGGGAUGGGUGCACGUUGAAAAAGACAUUGAUUUUAGCGACCCUAAGGCUCGAGCAAAUCUGUUGGAUGUGAUGCUGGCGUCGAGUGACUCUUCUCCUUCCUCAUGCGGAUCCUCUCCAGCUGAACCUCCACCCCCGUACUCACGGUUGCAUCGGCUUCAUCGCUCCAGGCGACAGAAAACUGCGGCGGCUCAGCGCAGCCGAGGCGUAGGCGUGGUGCGGCAGCUGCGCUUGCGAAGGCCCACCAUCCUCGGCCGUGGAGACUUCUUCGUGCGAUUCGCUGAGCCCGAGCGAGCCGCUGUGGCCUCCUUCGACUUCCUCGACGACCUGUCCGGCGGAUCCUCCCCGGACGCCAAAGACUGUCAUGAUUAGCAAUAUAUUUUUAUAUGUUGUGAUAUUCUCCGCUUUCUAGUGUAGCCGGGUGGCUGCAGCUUUUUCCGCCCUUAGCGUGCGCCCGUGUGGGCCGGUAGGUUAUAGUCUAUGUCGUGUUCUGUGACGUCUACCGGAGUACGGUCGACGUUAGUUUGAGAGUUAACUAUGGAAGCACCUAGAUUAAAGGGUGACCGUUGUUUGGUUUGUCCCGGGUCCGUGUUAAUAUCGGCCCGAGGCUCGUUUGUUACUUCCGCGAUUGGCUUACGCUUCGUACCGGUGACACCGAUUAGGUAAGAAGUAAUGACUAAGUAAUGAAAGCUGCGGCCUCGAAGUAAUGUGAUAUUUUUGUAUAUACUGUAAGUCCCACUUAUUUUCGUAUACAUUUAAAUGGAUUCCUUUGAAACUCGAACGAAGCGUACUUGUCGGGUUUAGGAUGUGUAUUUAGUGUACCCGAGUGUGCUCUUAUUUUACGUACUCACUUUUGGCUAACGCCUGAUGAGUGACUAGGUUUUAACGUUAGAUACUUAUGUAAAUAUUGACAAUUAUUAUCGAGCUAGUACUAUGACUACACUUAAUUAAUAUAGUCAUAAUAUAAUGGUCGAUAAACCUUACAAAAUCCAUUAAAUCAAAGGGUACUAAAUACGUUUAAGUGUAUAUAUGUUAUGACGUCAUUGAAUGCUAUUUAUUAAUUUGUAUCAUUUGCGAUUGUCUUGUGUAUACUUAGGAACAUAUCAUAAAAUUGUAUUAUGUUUAAAUCAUGUAUUAGUAUAUUUUGCAAUGACACGAGCGCGCUUCAGCACCACUGAAACGGCUAUCGAAGAUCUAUAUGACCAAUUAAAUAAUAUUAUUAAUAUUGCAAUUAUUUAUGCUCAAUUAUAAUUAUUAAUUAAUCCUUUGAAUAUUAAAGCUGAUGGAUUAUCAAACUAAUAUCCACAACUCGUGUCAACGCCAAAUAGUAUUUGAAAAGUUUGCUGCUUGGAUGUGGUUAUGAACCUUAUGAAUUUUCCACUAAUUUGCGUAGUUAUGGCGAAACCAAAGCUAUUAUUUACAGAACACAUUGCCACCACUUGUUACGCUCAGACACAAUUGUCCGCUAUAAUAUUAGUUACCCCGGCUUUGUUUAAUGGCGAAUAUUGAAUGACAAUAAGGAAGAUUUUUACCUAUAUUAUAAACGAAAUGUCGACUCGACCGAAUAUUAUUAGUAUAUAAAUUGGUAUCCUAAGUUUGAACAUUCAUAGAACGUUGAAAGUCAUCGAAAUAUUUUACGAAGCAAUAAACAACCAUGUUCAUAUAUUUUUGACAAUUUAUUAGAUAAGUCUCCCAACUUGUACAAGAUUGUCAUUUACUUAGAAAAUUAACCUUUUAGGGUCCUGUGGGGUACCAUAAGCUAAAGCAAAUGAUACAUUGAAAACAACGUUGAAACAGCAAUAAAAUCAACAGCUUAUGGUACAUCCCAUUUACAAUUUAGAGAUAGUACACUGUUCCUAUGCGAUAGUUCACUCCCGUCAAAUUAGUUUUGUGUGGACUUUUCGGCAGAUUUCAGUCAUGUAAUCGCAUUAUGUAUAAAGUAGGAUUCAGUACUGUGAUUUGUACCGAGUUUGAAGCACAAUUGGACAAGACGUAUUCCUUAAUAUUGGGUGCAUUUUCGUACAUUCUAACCUAAGAUAGAAAUAGGUAGGUACUUUGAACAGUACAAAAUGUGUAGAGUAACAAUAUAAUUUAAUUAUAUACUAUUGCAGUUGGGUUAAAUAAACGAUUCCGUUCCCAAAUGACAAAUUGUUUUAUUUUCAUUACCAUCUUAGGAGCCCUUCUAGUGGUAU